CUUUCCUCGAGAUAGAUAGGCAGAUAGCGGUAUUAAUGGCGUCAUCUUCUUCAUCGAGCAGCCCGCGGUGUGAGAUCUCCAAUGCCUUUCGCCUCGUGCAGUUCAAGGAGGUGCUGAAGGAGCGCAACAAGAUGCCUGCCCUGAAGCAGGCGCUCACGCCCGAUUCGGAUACCCUCAAGGACACCAUCCAGGCCGUCUCACGCGGAGCCGGCAGUGGCAGCAAGGAGGGAGGAAACAAACCCCACCUCUUCUCCUCAGGUCGGUCCGGCUGUCGGUGGGGGGGGAGAUAGAUAGAUAGAUCGAAGAUGCCUGACACACGACAUACAGACAGCUACACAACUGCAUGUGUGUGUUGAUAUACAGGUCUUGGUGGUGUGUCCGGCACGAUUCACUGCCGGAAUCAGGCGGCGCUGUGGGACUCGGCGGCGCACUGUGUGUUGGAAGGAGGGGUGGACCCCCGCCUGGCUGUCGUGGAGAUCGUAGACCACCGACACCCUGUCAGGUUCGCCACACCCCUCUCGGAGAAAUGCUACUCGCUCGUUCUCAACGACACCAAACAUAUUGACGAUAGAGUGAGUCAAGGAAUGAAUGAAUGAAUGGGGUUUCCGGUGGGUCUUCACGUAUGGCUGCCUGCCUGGCUGGCUGCGUGCCGUGUGGGCGGGGCGGGGUGGGCUUGUGCGGAUGGAUGGCUGCAGUUGCCCGUGGUACUGGGCGAGUACACAGGGGUGGUGUGCAAACCGCAGGUGGACGAAACGGGGCAGGAGAACACCACUUACGUAUUCAGACUCGGUACGCCACCAACCCACUACACGCGCCCCGCCCAUUCGUCAAUCAUCUCAUCUCAUGUCCUGUCACGUGCUCCCCUCGCAACACCCACGCGCGUAUGCAGAGUUCGACCCUCGAGCUGUCCAUGGCGACAAGUCGCGGGUAGCUUCUGUCCGCGGCGACCAUGGGUCUGUUGGGGGCCCACGCGGCCGCAAGCAGCAGCUGGUGCUGCCACACGAUGACGAGUGGGUCGUGGACGCGUCACGGUUCCACAACGAAAUGGGUCAGUCCGUCCGUUCGUUCGUUCGUUCAAGAUGCGUGCACAUCGAUCGCGACGCAAUGUGUGCAUCGGGCCGGCUUGCUCACUCUCCCUCCUUCCCUCCCUCCCUCCCUGUGUGGAUGUGUGUCUUUGCUGCUCAGCGUUGGUGAAUCACUGUGAGGCGAUCGACCUGUGCGCCAACCCCAACGGGUUCAAAAACCUCCACGUCAACGCCUGCUGGCAUCAGGUACCUACACACAUACACCUACGUACGUGCAUACCAAGGCAGCCCACCGGCCGGUGCUGAAUGUACGGAUGGAUGGCUGCAUCAGUCAGGGUCGCUCUCUGGGGCUGUGGGGGGCUGUGGAUGUAUGUAUGCAUCUGCAGAUAUACGAGGACGGGUGGCCCCACGUGGUGUUGUGUACCAUUCCCGGAGUGCGCAUAUACCCGGGGGUGAGUGGAGAAAUGGAUGGCCAACACAUACAUACAUACAUACAUACAUACAUGCGCACACAGAUACACGCGGCUCGUGCCUCUCCGUCUGUUUGUCUGUGUGUCUGUUUGUCUGUGUGUCUGUCUGUCUGUGUGUCAGGAUGAGAUCGUCGCCGACUUCGGUCGUCUGUGGUUCGAUCGUGUGCGUGAGCUGGCCAUCCGGGGACUGCGCAACGAGCUGCUGACCGCACGCCUCCUCCGCGCCGAAGCUCAGGGUGAGCGAUGCGGCAUCCGUACACACAGCCACACGUGCACCUGUUUGCGCACGCACUGCAGGCAUCCCGGCCAUCCCGGCCUCCAGUGACGCCGACGCCAGUGACCAGGACCCGUUCGGCGAGACGUCGCCCGAGCACACCCUGUGCGGCAUCUGCCAGCAGCCCGACCCCCACCCCAUCGGCACGUCCGACCAGAUGAGGGAUGAGGAUGACAUCUCAAUCGCAGGAGGGCCGCCACUGGGCGCCACUGGCUCGAUAGUGUGCGACGGGUGUGCCUUUCCCUUCCACCUGCACUGCCUGGGACUGGAGCCCAACGACACGCCACCAGGUACCUGUGCUGGCGGACAGACAGACAGACAGACAGGGAGGGAGGGAGGGAGGGACGCAUGCACACGACUCACAGACGACAGCCACACUCGCCUCAAGAUUUGAUGUUUCCUGUGGUGUCUGUUGCAGAUGACGUAGAGUGGUUCUGUCCCAACUGCGUGGCGCUUAGCGAGUGAGCGACUGACUGACUCGCCUACACACAGUCCCGCCGACAUGGCUGUCUGUCUGUGGAAUGAAUGUGUCGGUCAGGCGUGUGGCUGACGCCGUGUCGGGUGGCAACAAGAAUGAUCCCCUCUCAGUCCGGCGGCUCCGUCGCGUCCACUCGGCCGCCUACAACGCAGACCACCGCCCCGUCCGUCACCCAACCUACAGAUGGUUGCACCAGAGAAUGAAUGCUCGUGUGACAUCCGCCUACAUAUGUAUGUCUCCCUGUUUGCGUCUGUGUCUGUGUGUGCAGGGGGGCUGCACGCUCAACAUGAAGCAGCCGCUGGUGCAGGGGGGCAGCCGGGGUGUCAGGGGCGUCGCGAGCGCCCACCUCAGUGACGACGCAUUCUCGAUGCUCAAGCCGUGCGGCGCCUGCAAGAAGCGCAAGAAAGGCGCAGACCCAGAGGGACUUCACAUCAACUGCAGGUGGGUCGGUGGGUGGGGUGGGUGAGUCAGAGGAGGAGUCUCUCUCUCGCGCGCGUCGCGUGCUACGUGCAUACGCCUGCGCCGGUGCGGGUGUGUGUGUGUGUGUGCGCGCUGCACGCAUGGUGCGGUGCCUCCAUCUGGGCCCGCGAUUACGACGCUAACAGGGACCAGACCGAACGCGACGUCGCCCAAAACACUAUCGGCGCACGUAAUAAGGAGGCCUGCUGAAUAUCUAUCAUUCAUUCACACGCCACACAUGCAUUCCUUCUUUUCCCCCUCUCUCUGUGACGAUUGUGCAUUCAGUGGUCCGGGCCUACACGAACGUGCGGUCGCGUGACGGGUCUGCCCGCAAGGGCGACAAGCAGCGGCGCCAAAGGCAGAACAAGAGCACAUUGCAGCACAAGAGCCUCGCCGCGGCCGCCGCGGCUGACCACAGACAAGGUCGGCCAGCUCACCAAUACAGCAUGCGUUCCUUUACCGUCAUGUCGUGUGCCGCGUCCGUCCGUGUGUGUGCAGCGUCCGAAGUUGGUGGGGCGCUAGGUGGUGGGGGCGAGAAGUGGCAGGCGGUGGAAGGCUGGAUUCCCCUGCUGGGCAUCUGCAUCAACAAGACCGCAAUCGAGCGGAAAUUUGCGAUGGGGGCGUUUGAGGUGCGCGCGAUUGCGUUCACGCAGUCCGUGGGUGUCUGUGGAUUGUGUGCAUUGUUGUGUUGUGUUGUGUGCAGGGUCGUGUUGAGGGCGUGGGGGAGCGUGGCUACUUGGACAUCAAGUACUCGGAUGGCGACGACGAGUCCGUCGAUGCCGAGAGCCUGCAGAAGAUCCUUCGCGACUGGCUCCAGGACAACAGCAUGUCCGCCAAGACGCGCAAGGAAAUCAUCACCUCACUCAUGAUCGACAAACAGGUGGAUGGGUCGGUGGGUCGAUGGGAAGGAGAGUCAACACCGCAGCACAGAAAGAACACCACGCACUGGCUCUCUGGAACGGACGUAAAAACGAAUAUGCAAAUCGAAUGUGUCGAUCGAUGGAUGCAGGUGAUCGAGAAAUAUAUGAUGCGGACGGUUCCCGUCCGCUUAUUGGGCGGCGGCUCGACGCUGCACGACGACGACUCAGACUUUGGGGACGACGACGACAGACACAGCGGCAACGGCAGCAAGGGCAGCAGCAACAAGCGGAGCAAGCCCGCGCACCCCUCCCCUUCCCCGCCUCCAUUCCAUGAGUUUUCGGGCACUCCUUCUGUGCCCAUCGUCAAGGGCAGGAGCAGCCAGGCCCCCCGCAAGCAGGCGAUCAACCGUGGGCGGCGGGAGAGGCGCGGCAAGGACAGCCGUGGUGCCAUGGAGGUGGACGGCGAGAGGUCGCCCGGUAGCUGCGUGCCGUCUGGCAACAUCGACAACCUUAUGGGAAUCGAGUGAAUGGAUGGAUGGAUGGAUGGAUGGAUGGGAAUCGAGUGAAUGGAUGGAUGGAUGGAUGGACGGAUGAAGGGAUGGGCCGGGCUACCUGUAUCCACAUACAUACAUACAUACAUGCGAAAUCGCAUACACGCAUAUGUGGUGACCGGUUGGUGGGGUGUUUUUUAUCUAGAGACGGGGGGCGGAUGGACGGAUGGAUACUCCUGCCCUUUUAUCCCUCCCUCCCUCCCUGUCUGCCUGCAUGCCUGCCUGCCUGUGUGCGUGCCAUCUGCUGCGUUUAUUUUCGUGCGUGCUCUCGCUUUUUCCCUUCCGCCAUUCGGCGGCGUGGGCUGUGACAGGGGACAGAUAUCUUUUUGGCAGUGUCCCAUCAAUCACAGCUGAUUGCAUUGGACAGACGGGUGUAGAGAGCACCUGCACGCGUUGACAGCCAGGUGAGUGUGGGAGCUGGCUGGGGAUGGUUGUUCGUGCCUAGCCUGUUAUCGAUCCUUUUAGCUAUGAAAGGCCAUAUAUAUUUAUUUGUCUAUGUAGGGUGUGUGCCCCAUGAAAAUUGACUGCAUGAUGAAAUGCGCUCUCUCUUGCGACAGCUUUGGUGAUCAAGUGGCAAUGCGUCCCCAGAUGAGUGGUGUGUCCAUCCAUACGUACUUAGUGCCUCACUGGAUCGGCACCAAAUCCCUCGGCCAUUAUGUGGUAGUGUUCACACACGGGAUCGGAGCACACAUCCAGACAGCCACACGUGUGAACAGAGCCUCUCAGUUUGAAGUGCACGCAUACACAAACGCACACACACU